GUUUUUGAGAAGAAUUCCAUUGAAUCUGCUAAGAAAAUCCGUUCUAGACAGACACUUCUGUCUGAGAUUAUGAAAGAAAAGGAAGAAUGUGUGUGGAUUUAAAAUUUCUGUAUUCAUCAAGUUGUGGAGUGAGAAGUACUGGGGAGAUAGCUUGCUCUGUUGCUUAUUGUAGGUCUUCUACGAAUUGUUUCUGAUGCAGCUGAGAAAAAUGCAGACCCUUAAAAAGGAGCACGGACCUGUUGACACAAGUAGCAAUGUGGACAAAAUCAUGGUACUUAAGUCAACCUUAGCAGAAGUAUCUGAAGAACUGUCUACAAAUGAAGAUAUUCUACUAACUGAAGCAAGUAGUGGAAAGAGCAAAUCUUCAGCUUGCCGGAGAAAGCGAGAAUUCAUUCCAGAUGAAAAGAAAGAUGCGAUGUAUUGGGAGAAAAGGCGGAAAAAUAAUGAAGCUGCCAAAAGAUCUCGUGAAAAGCGACGACUGAAUGACCUUGUCUUAGAGAACAAACUAAUUGCACUGGGAGAAGAGAAUGCCACUUUGAAGGCAGAGCUGCUUUCAUUGAAGUUAAAGUUUGGUUUAAUUAGUUCUGCGGCCUAUGCCCAAGAGAUACAGAAACUCAGCAGCUCAACAACUGUGUAUUUUCAAGAUUAUCAGAGUUCGAAAUCUAAUAUUAACUCAUUUGUCGAUGAACACGAACCGUCUAUAGUUGGUAGCAGUUGUAUUUCUGUCAUUAAGCAUUCUCCUCAAAGUUCAAUGUCUGAUGUAUCUGAAACAUCAACUGUGGAGCAUACCCAACCAAGUCGUAUACAAAGCAACUGUAGAAGUCCUGAAAAUAAGUUCCAGAUUAUAAAGCAGGAGCCCAUGGAAUUAGAGAGAGAGCCAAGAGAUGACAGAGGUUCAUAUAAAGCAUCCAUAUAUCCAAACUACAUGGGAGCUACCUUUAAUGUGUACUCACAUUCUCCUCCUCUCUUGCAAGUUAAUAGGUCCUCCAGUAAUUCUCCAAGAACGUCAGAAACUGAUGAUGGUGUGGUUGGAAAGUCAUCUGAUGGAGAAGAUGAACAGCAGGUUCCUAAGGGUCCAAUUCAUUCCCCAGUUGAACAUAAAAAUGUUCAUGCAACAGUUAAAGUUCCAGAGGUGAAUUCUUCAGCUUUGCCUCACAAGCUUCGAAUCAAAGCCAAAGCCAUGCAAGUUAAAGUGGAAGCAAUGGAUAAUGACUAUGACGCAACACAGAAAUUGUCGUCACCCAUUGACAUGUCCUCAAAAAGACAUUUUGAGCUUGAAAAACAUGGUGCGCAAAACUUGGUGCAUUCUUCUCACACUCCCUUCUCGGUUCAAGUGACUAAUAUCCAAGACUGGUCACUUAAACCAGAACUCUGGCAUCAGAAGGAACUCAACGUUAAAAUCCAGAGUGGUUGCAAAACUGGAGUUGUUGAAAUAAAAGACAAUAUCUACAACGUCUCUGAGUCAGAGAACCUCUAUUUGAAGCAGGGCAUAGCAAACUUAUCUGCAGAGGUUGCUUCACUUAAAAGACUUAUAACUACACAAAUCUCUGCAUCAGACUCUGGUUAAUUUACUACUGAAAAAAGGCUUAUUGUUUCAAAGGAUGUCAUUUGCAGUAGAUCAAUAUGUUUUGUAUGAUGCUGAAUUUUCACUGGACUUGUGAUGUCAUUUCACUGUAAUGUUCACAUAAUGUCUGAUUGGUGUCUUUUUGUGCACAAAAUAUUAUGAAGACUAGGUUGUGCUAUGAUCACUAUGCCUUGAGUAUAGUCAAGUAGCCUGUACAAAGGCUGUAUAUAGUGGACUUUAAUUUCUUUUUGUUCUACUACAAAGUGUGCAAGUUACCAGUUACAAUAAAAUAUUGGUGACAAACAUAGAACAUCUACUCCAGUUCAGUUGAUUUUUAUGAACUUGUAAAUAAGUUGUUAAUGAAAAACUGGGUUUUUUCUUACACUGUGCUCAAUUUCACUUAUGUUUUUGGUUUUUACAGCCUAACAACCAAAUUACAAUUUACAACAUGUGUGAUCCUUCUGGCCACCUUUUUCCUUAACAUGUUUUUUAGAAGAGACAUAAAGUGAAUAUUUAUAACUGAAACAGUACCAAUUUAUAGCCUUAGCCUUCUUUAACUUAUUUCUUAGUAGGAAUUAACCAAAACCCCUACAAAUUCUAACCCAGUAACUAAUAUCAACAACCUUUUUUUCCUCCUUCAAUAUUAAAUGAGACAGUAAUGAGUUUCCUGAAUGUUUUAGUGUGACAAACAAUUUUUCAAUAUUAUAACUCGGUGUUUUAGGUGAAAUUAGUUAAGUCAGAUUUUUGCAUCUGCAAAGUUUUCAGAGCCUUGCAGUGACAGAAUUGGACAGAACCACCUCUGCCAAGGGGUGGCUUGUGUCUGCAAGGGGUGCAGUCAUGGAGAGUCCACCCCUCUUGCACACCAGCUUUCUGUCCACGGCAGACCAUGGGCCACCUGUAUAUGAAGUAUAAGGCUACUGGAUUUGCAAACUGAGCUCAGCUAGGUAAAUACUUACACAAAGGCUAGGCAAUAGCAGUUGCAGAGUUAAAGAAGAUCAUCUGCUAUUUUAGUUCCCAGAAUGGGACAUAAUGCAAUUAUGCAUGAAGUAAGUCUUGCCAGCAACUUUUCCCUAGUUUCAAUGGUUUUAAUUAACUGAACUGGAAUACCUUGGCUUGCUAAAGGGCAUUUUGCAAGAACUUCUCAAAUGUAAAAUAGAGACUGUGUGAAGAACAGCACAAUCUAAACACUGCUAGCCCCUUACAACUUAUGCCGAUGAUGAGUUCUUCACUUGAUGACUGGACAGGGCUGUGGUGCUCUUUGUCUUUCAGAAGAGCCAUUGAACCAUGGAGUCUAGAAUUGCAUCACAUUUCCUUGGUUUGGCUUACCAAAAUCUUUCAUUUUAAAACUGAGAAUAAUUUAUAAAUAGAGCAUAAACUUGGCAGAGGUUCUUUUCAUGAUACUUCCCCCUUCUUUUAACAUACUAAUAAAUCAGACUAACAAAUAAGCUUUUUCUGAAAAGGCUUUUAAUUAAUUGCCAUACUGUAUAAUGAACUGAACCUUUCCAUAGGCUUAAAAUACUAAAUAACAAAACAAUAUGUAGGUAUUGUUUUUUUAAAUUAAUACUUGACUUGAGUGAGAGGAAGUUUGUCAUUUUUUUGGGGAUACGAAGAGGAGUCUGAGUCACUCCUGAUAGCUCUGAAGCUUGGUCCAGCAGUCAAGGCAAUGGCAGAACUCCCUGAUGUCAGUGAGGACAGGAUUUGAUUCUGUGCCUUUUCAGGAACUGAUGAUUCAGUUGUGUUCUGGGAGGACCUUCGCACAGAAAUCACUGGUACUUUCUGAGCUUUUUUGAGCCUUCUAACUGCUGUGCUGUAUUUGUGGCAUUCAGAGUUAAUAAACUGCUAUUCUUUUUUCAUGCCUUAAUAAUACAAUAGAUCCCAUAGCUGGGCUCUGUAUGUAUUUGGUAAUUAACAUAGAUGACAUUUCAAUGUUACUGAAAAUAAGCUCAGGAUUAUUGCAUGAAAUGUAAAAAUUUGCAUUGAAUGAUGGGGAUAUGAGACAUGAGGCAGUGAUUGCUACUGUCUCCUUGCUUGCUAAGUAUCUUCUGUAAGCAACAAUAAAAUUCUUUAAAUAUUUUGCGUAUUAUUUAUCACAUGUAAUGUGUUCAAGGAGAGGACUUAAAACUCUCAGUGUUGCCAUCAGUGUAAGCCUAGAUCUAUUGGGUUUUUUCCAUUUCUUGUUAGAAUUGUUUGUCAUAAUGGAAGAAUGUUGUCCUCUUUCUAGCUCAUUAUAUAUUUUGUGUAUCUGUUUUGUGCAAUUAAUACUUAACAGUAAUGAUGUAGUUAAUUUGUUGAAGGAUGUCAUUGCAAGAAAGUUAUAGCAUGGAGCUUAGGAGCACAAUCAGAUGUUAUUUAUACUCCCUUUAUACCUUAGUGUUAUGCUUCAUUUGAAGAAAGAAAUAAAUAAUUUGUCUUUUGUUCAAAACAAGUUCUAACCUACCACAUGCUUUUCUAUUAUGUUCAUCGUCAUAGUCCAACAAAGGGCAUUAACUUGGGUUGAUAACCGCUCUUCCUGCACUGAAGUUGCUGUUUCUCCAUCUAAUACUUGGAAUAUCUUUCACAUACCUAUUAAAUAUACAAACUGCAAGAGUGUGGGUGGUCCAUGCAAAGCCCUGUUGCUGGCUACAGCUGCCCACUCUGAACUGCUGCACUGCAGUAACUGUAGUGUAGGUGGCCUCCUCAUGCAGAGCCCUCACCCUGCUUGCCCACCUUUAGAUGUGAAAUGGGAAAGAUGGAGUGUCACCCUGUGGGGCGGGGAGGGAGAGAGUGCAGUGGGACUGCCUUGCUCCAGCCUUCAGCUGGUACACACUUCUGUAAGUGUAGGACCAGACAGCUCUUCCAACCUGCCUUCCUUGCACUGCAGGAAACAGAAUCAGCCUCCAUGGAAAGAGUAUCCCUGGCUGGCCAACUAGUCUCUCAAUGGGACAUCAGAAGGUUGGUUUUGAGCACAAAAUGGUCUUUAUCUAAUUGUGCAUAAACUGACAUAACAUCCUCUAACUUACAAAAGCCCUUGUAAACUCAGCAAUUGACAGAACAACAUGAAACAUGGCAGAAGGGGAAUCUUUCUCAUUUUAGUGUGUCUUCAAUUACAAAUGUUAAGGAAAGCCACAUAUAGAAAUUGGUAACUGAGACUUACAAGUAUAAAUUCUCCUUUAUGAUAGUUGUUCGUGUGAAGGGCUUCAUGGGAAGUUUUAAGAGAAGUCUGAAAAAUGAGUGCUGAUUAGCAAGGUAAACUUUUUCCUGGUGAUAUCAACUGGUGGCUAAUAUGUGGUGGCUAAUAUGUGGCAAAGUGUGAUACAGCUUGUUUGUUAAAUUUGCCUAACUUAAUUGUGUAUAAACACAGUAAUAUAACCUCAUGUUCUAUCAGUGCCAAUUAUUUUGAUAGAGGUGAAUUGUGGAUAUGCACUUACAUAUACUGAGCCAAAUGUUAUGAUUUUCUGAAUACUUUCAACUUCCUGUCUUCAGUAAAAUUUACGUAUUACAUGGGAUAUAUUUAAAUAGCUAA